AUGAAAGUCUUAACUAUAGCCACAACUUUUGCGCUGCUAGCAAUUGUAAUGGCCUCGCACGAGAUUGCGCUAAGGCUGCCCAAUAUAGACGAAGAUGGAAUACCAGUUAAAAACGCUGAUGGGCAAACUGUGGCUAAGCCCGCAGUAAUUCCGCAGCAGCGUAAAUUAUUCGAUAGAAAAGGAAAGCGUCCAAUACUAGCACAUUCUUCAUACGCCAAAUUUAAAAAAUGUAACGGCGAUAAAGCUUGCAUUGAUCAAAUAUUGUGGAAAAGCAUUAUGAAAUAUAUUAUGAUAAACAAGUAUAGACCAAAGGAAUAAAAAAAAAAAAAGACAAUUCUAUGGCAUUGCUAAUUUUGCCAUAGCUUAAGCAAUAAAAUUGUUAGCAGUUGAAAUAAAAAAGAAAAUGUUUAUGUUAAGUCUCAACAGUUUCAAAAGACAAAACACUUAUUUAACUUUUU